AUGCCUCAUGGAACACCUGCCCCACCUAACAAGCGGAAAAAGCCCUCUAAGAUCAUCACUGACCUGUCACAUGUCACUCAAGAUGAGUAUGAGUCAGAGCCUGAGGCAUCAGAGUUUGACCUGGGGACGAAGAUCAAGACUCCCAAGGACACCAUGCUGGAAGAGCUGAACCUCUUCACCAACAAGGGCUCCAAGAUGUUCCAGAGGAGGCAGAAGCGUGUGGAGAAGUUCAUAUACGAGAACAACCCUGACCUCUUCGGCAGUGAGUCUAUGGAGAACUUCCAGAAGUUGGUCCCCAGCCUGGGUGGCACAAUGAUGUUGGACGCUAGUGGCCACAUGGUGGAGAAGAAGGCAGGCCCUCCUGUGCCCCCUCCCAAACCAGGCAAAGAUGGGCAUGGUCAUGGUCAUGGUCAUGGUCAGGGACAUGAGCAUGAGCAUGGUCAUGAGCAUGGACAUGAGCAUGGACAUGAGCAUGGACACCAUGGACAUGCACAUCAUGAUGAUGUUGCUCCAGGAGAACAUGGUCAUGGUAGUCAUGGAGUAGAGGUUGCCUUAGACAAGGCCAAGAAGAGGCAUGAUUAUGUCCCCUCAUACGUAUCACCAUGGGAAAAGGCCAUGAAGGGCAACCAGGAGCUGACAUCCAGCAUGAGAUAUCAUAUGCCGGGCCCCCAUGCCCACCAUGAUCUGCCCAAGUUCAAGUCCUUCAACAGGAGUGCUACACCGUUUGGGGGCUUUGAUAAGGCCUCGCAGCUCAUGACCUUCCAGCUGCCAGACACCCAUGAGGUGGCCCAUGAUGAGCCUGAACUGGCUAUGGUAUACCAGCAUGAGAUUGGCGCUCGACCCUCCUUCAACCGCACUCCUAUAGGCUGGGUGGGGAGCGGUGAGCCCAGCAGCAUCCACAUCGAGUUGGACGCCAUGCCCUUCGAUGGGGAGACUGACGACCUGUGA